GGGCAAAUAGAUUUUAUGUUUAUUUCUCAUCCUUGCCUCCUGUUUUUUUUCCUUAUACAGAAGUUUAUAGAGUUUGAAGAUGCACUGGAGCAGGAGAAGAAAGAACUACAAAUCCAAGUGGAACACCUUGAAUUUCAGACUCGACAGUUGGAGCUGAAGACCAAAAACUAUGCAGAUCAGAUUUCACGACUGGAAGAGCGUGAAUCAGAAAUGAAGAAAGAGUAUAAUGCUUUACAUCAACGUCACACAGAGAUGAUCCAGACUUAUGUGGAACACAUUGAACGAUCCAAAAUGCAGCAGGUUGGCGGAAAUAAUCAAACUGAGGGCAGUGUACCUGGGAGAAGGUAGGGCCAUAACCUCUCCAUAUAACGUAUGCCAUCCAGGAACUUGUAAACUGAGUGUACAUAUUUGACAGAGAAACAAACCAGAAGAAGGAUCUUUCCCUCUGGGCAUGGAUUGUAGCUGCAGUUUUUUGUAAUGGUUGUGGGUGAGUUGUAGGUAAGUUUUCUAAGGCUUGACAAAGAGGAGUUUUUUGUGUUCAUUUACAAAGUUUAUACCUUAUCACACUGCCAUGCGUGGAGGACAUCUGGAAAAAUAAGUUUGUAUUCUCAGGUAGCAUGUAAAAGGUUUAUCCGUAAACUGAAUGGAGGUGGCAGAGAGUAUUCAUUUGUGUGAAUGCAUGUGUGUGUGUGUGUGAUAGCCAGCAAAACUGUAGCAAUUGAAUCCAUUAGCCAUUAUAUAAGUUUUUCCUCAAUUUCUUCAAGGGAAAAUUUCUGCAGGUCAGUCACCCGAUAGACCUACUUCAGAGAAAGAAAGUGAUUUUUCCCGUUUUCAUAGAACCAGCCUUUGUUGAAAGAAUGACAGUAGUAGUAAUGAAGUUCCGUACACAAGAGCCCUAGUAUUUUGUAGUCUUAGACCAAAUUUAAAGCACAAAAGUUGCAAUUGUAUUGAUUUCAUUACAGAUGCAUUUUAUAUACCAGUAAUACUGCCCUUGGGGUGAGAAAGAAAA